AUGUUAAAGUUGUUGUCAUUAAUGGUGCCUUUGGCAUCUGCUGCUGUCAUCCACCGCCGUGAUGCUAAUAUUAGUGCCAUUGCUAGCGAAUGGAAUUCUACUUCUAAUUCGUCCUCUUCUCUCAGUUUGAACAGACCUGCUGUCCAUUAUUCCCCAGAAGAAGGUUGGAUGAACGAUCCCAAUGGGUUGUGGUAUGAUGCUAAGGAAGAAGAUUGGCAUAUAUACUAUCAGUACUAUCCAGACGCACCACAUUGGGGUUUACCAUUGACUUGGGGUCAUGCUGUCUCCAAGGAUUUGACCGUUUGGGAUGAGCAAGGUGUUGCAUUUGGACCAGAAUUCGAAACUGCUGGUGCCUUCUCUGGUAGUAUGGUCAUUGAUUACAACAACACUUCCGGGUUCUUCAACAGCUCUACGGAUCCAAGACAAAGAGUGGUUGCUAUUUGGACUUUGGACUACAGCGGCAGUGAGACUCAACAAUUGAGUUAUUCCCAUGAUGGUGGUUACACGUUUACUGAAUACUCUGACAACCCAGUGUUGGAUAUCGAUUCUGAUGCCUUCAGAGACCCUAAGGUGUUCUGGUACCAAGGUGAAGAUUCUGAAUCCGAGGGUAAUUGGGUUAUGACAGUCGCCGAAGCUGACCGUUUCUCUGUCUUGAUUUACUCUUCUCCAGAUUUGAAGAACUGGACCCUAGAAUCUAACUUCUCUCGUGAAGGGUACUUGGGUUACAAUUACGAAUGUCCAGGUCUUGUUAAGGUUCCAUACGUUAAGAAUACCACUUAUGCCAGUGCUCCAGGUUCUAACAUUACUUCUUCCGGUCCAUUACAUCCAAACAGCACCGUAUCAUUCUCCAACUCCUCUUCUAUAGCAUGGAAUGCCUCUUCUGUCCCAUUGAACAUUACUUUGUCAAAUUCUACAUUAGUUGACGAAACUUCUCAAUUGGAAGAAGUCGGGUACGCAUGGGUCAUGAUUGUUUCCUUUAACCCUGGCUCUAUCUUGGGUGGUUCUGGUACUGAAUACUUCAUCGGUGACUUCAACGGUACUCACUUCGAACCACUCGACAAGCAAACUAGAUUCCUUGACUUGGGUAAAGAUUAUUAUGCUCUACAAACCUUCUUCAAUACUCCAAAUGAAGUAGACGUCUUGGGUAUUGCUUGGGCUUCUAAUUGGCAAUACGCUAACCAAGUACCUACCGACCCAUGGCGUUCAUCUAUGAGUUUGGUCAGGAACUUCACCAUUACUGAAUACAAUAUUAAUUCAAACACAACUGCGUUGGUAUUGAACAGUCAACCUGUGCUUGACUUCACUAGUCUGAGAAAGAACGGUACUUCAUACACCCUUGAAAACUUGACGUUGAACUCUUCAUCUCACGAAGUGCUUGAGUUUGAAGACCCUACCGGUGUAUUCGAAUUCUCUCUUGAGUAUUCCGUCAAUUUCACUGGAAUCCAUAACUGGGUCUUCACCGAUUUAUCCUUAUACUUCCAAGGUGACAAGGACAGCGACGAAUACUUGAGAUUAGGCUACGAAGCUAAUUCCAAGCAAUUCUUCUUGGACCGUGGUCAUUCCAACAUCCCAUUCGUUCAAGAGAACCCAUUCUUCACUCAAAGACUCUCAGUUAGCAAUCCACCUUCUAGUAAUUCUAGCACCUUCGAUGUUUAUGGUAUCGUUGACAGAAACAUUAUCGAACUUUACUUCAAUAACGGUACUGUCACUUCCACUAACACUUUCUUCUUCUCCACAGGUAACAACAUCGGCUCCAUUAUUGUGAAGUCAGGUGUUGACGAUGUUUAUGAAAUCGAGAGUUUGAAGGUGAACCAAUUCUACGUUGAUUGA